CUUGGCUCCCGGCCCGGCGGGCCAGCGACCAAGCAUCUACUUCACCGAAUUCUUUUGAGGUCCGGCGCGCAGGUCCUGCCGCGCCCUGUUUGAUCUCUCUUAAAAUACUAGAGAGAGAAUUGUGCGUAUGUACAAACAACCCUUCCUACCAGGAUUCAGCUCACCCUUGGCCACAGAAACUCCAGUACUCAAGGGAAAGGACAGUGAAGAUAGUCUGUGGAGGAUGCCAAAUGAAGCAGUCUCUCACUCAAGUCAAACUCAAGAGCAAGACUGUUUACAAAGACAGCACAUUAGUACUAAUGAAGAAUCACCAACUGAACAGAAAAAUGGUGGGGAUGCAGAGAAGGAGGAGCACCUCCCUUCUCCUUCUUCCGACUAUGGGCCCUCUACUUCUACUGAGGGCUGUACAUCGGCAGCUGCAAGGAGAGGUCCAGGCCUGCUGCACAUUGACAGGCAUCAGAUCCCGGCGGUGGAGCCCAGUGCACAGGCUCUGGAACUUCAGGGCCUGGGUGUUGAUGUCUAUGACCAGGCUGUGCUGGAGCAGGGUGUGCUUCAGCAGGUAGAUAGUGCAAUCCUUGAGGCCAACCGUGUAGCACAGCUCAUAGAUGCUGAGAAGGAAUAUCAUUCAGUCCUGGAUGACCUCACGUCAUGUACAACAUCCCUAAGGCAAAUCAAUAAAAUUAUUGAACAACUUAGCCCUCAAGCUGCCACCAACAGAGACAUCAACAGGAAACUAGAUUCUGUAAAACGACAGAAGUAUAAUAAGGAACAACAACUAAAGAAGAUCACUGCAAAACAGAAACGUCUGCAGGCCAUCCUUGGAGGAAUGGAGGUAAGAGUGGAACUGGAUCAUGUCAGCCUGGAGGAAGAGGAUGCAGAGCCGGGGCCAUCCUGUCUUGGCAGUAUGCUCAUGCCUGCCCAAGAGACUGCCUGGGAAGAGCUCAUCCGCACUGGCCAGAUGACACCAUUUGGUACCCAGGUCCCUCAGAAACAACAGAAAAAGCCUAGAAAAAUAAUGCUUAAUGAGGCAUCGGGCUUCGAAAAGUAUUUGGCAGACCAAGCAAAACUGUCUUUUGAAAGGAAAAAGCAAGCUGCUAAUAAAAGAGCAGCCAGAAAAGCCCCAACGUUGGUCAUGUCUAAGGCUGGCCCAGCACCAAAUGAAAACAAACCAAACCAGAGAAGCAAAGUUCUCUCAAAAACAGAUAAGUGCUUGAAAAAGCACAUCAGGAAGCUCCAGAAGAGGGCACUGCAGUUCCAGGGAAAAGUGGGGUUGCCGAGAGGGAAGAAGCCCCUUGAGUCAGAGACCAGGCCAAAGUCAGAGGGAGACUCUGAGAGUGGGGAGUCUUGGUCUUGUCUCACAGAGCAGGAGGAGGAGGCAGAGGCCAACCUGUCUGGACAUGGCACUGACUAUGAACUAAGACCUGUGCUCAAGGGCAGGAAACGCCAGAAGAAAACCCCAGUGCAGGAGGUUGAUGACGACUUUUUCCCAAGUUCUGGGGAAGAAGCUGAAGCCAACGGAGGAGGAAAGGGAGGUCGCAAAGUAGUGAGAUGCCAAGAUGAUGGAGACGAAGAUUAUUAUAAACAGCGAUUAAGGAGAUGGAAUAAACUAAGACUGCAAGACAAAGAGAAACGUCUGAAGCUUGAAGACGAUUCUGAGGAAAGUGAUGCCGAAUUUGAUGAAGGUUUCAAAGUGCCAGGUUUUCUGUUCAAAAAGCUCUUUAAGUACCAGCAGACAGGUGUUAGGUGGCUGUGGGAAUUGCACUGCCAGCAGGCAGGAGGAAUUCUGGGAGAUGAAAUGGGAUUGGGCAAGACCAUCCAGAUAAUUGCCUUCUUGGCAGGUCUGAGCUACAGCAAGAUCAGGACUCGUGGUUCAAAUUACAGGUUCGAGGGGUUGGGUCCCACUAUACUUGUCUGUCCAACCACAGUGAUGCAUCAGUGGGUGAAAGAAUUCCACACAUGGUGGCCUCCAUUCAGAGUGGCAGUUCUACAUGAAACUGGCUCCUAUACCCACAGAAAGGAGAAACUAAUUCGAGAUAUUGCUCAUUGUCAUGGAAUUUUGAUCACUUCUUACUCCUACAUUCGACUGAUGCAAGAUGACAUUAGCAGACAUGAAUGGCACUAUGUGAUCUUGGAUGAAGGACACAAAAUUCGAAAUCCAAAUGCUGCUGUCACCCUUGCUUGCAAGCAGUUCCGCACACCUCAUCGGAUCAUCUUGUCCGGCUCACCGAUGCAGAAUAACCUCCGGGAGCUCUGGUCCCUCUUUGACUUUGUCUUCCCAGGAAAGUUAGGCACAUUGCCUGUGUUUAUGGAGCAGUUCUCUGUCCCCAUCACCAUGGGGGGAUAUUCCAAUGCUUCCCCAGUACAGGUUAAAACUGCUUAUAAGUGUGCAUGUGUCUUACGAGAUACCAUAAACCCGUACCUUCUGCGGAGAAUGAAGUCAGAUGUCAAGAUGAGCCUUUCUUUGCCAGAUAAAAAUGAACAGGUCUUAUUUUGCCGUCUUACAGAUGAACAGCAGAAAGUCUACCAGAAUUUCAUUGAUUCCAAAGAAGUUUACAGGAUUCUCAAUGGAGAAAUGCAGAUUUUCUCUGGACUUAUAGCCCUAAGAAAAAUCUGCAACCACCCUGAUCUCUUUUCUGGAGGUCCCAAGAAUCUCAGAGGUCUUCCAGAUGAUGAACUAGAAGAAAAUCAGUUUGGAUACUGGAAACGUUCUGGAAAAAUGAUUGUUGUUGAGUCUUUGUUGAAAAUAUGGCAGAAGCAGGGUCAACGAGUGUUACUAUUUUCUCAGUCAAGACAGAUGUUACAUAUACUGGAAGUGUUCCUGAGAAGCCAGAAGUAUUCCUAUCUCAAGAUGGAUGGAAGCACUACCAUAGCAUCAAGACAACCACUGAUUACAAGAUACAAUGAGGACACAUCCAUCUUCGUGUUUCUUCUGACCACGAGGGUGGGAGGCAUAGGAGUCAACCUGACUGGGGCCAACAGAGUCAUCAUCUACGACCCUGACUGGAACCCAAGCACUGAUACACAGGCCCGGGAGCGAGCAUGGAGGAUAGGCCAGAAGAAGCAGGUGACUGUGUAUAGACUUCUGAUGGCAGGCACGAUUGAAGAGAAGAUUUACCAUCGACAAAUCUUUAAGCAGUUUUUGACAAACAGAGUACUAAAAGAUCCAAAACAAAGGCGGUUUUUCAAAUCCAAUGAUCUUUAUGAGCUGUUUACUCUUACUAGUCCUGAUGCAUCCCAGAGCACUGAAACAAGUGCUAUCUUUGCAGGAACUGGUUCAGAUGUUCAGACACCCAAAUGCCAUUUAAAAAAAAAGAUUCCAUCAGCCUUUGGAACAGACAGUGACAUUCCAAAAUGCAGAAAACUUCCUGAUUCUGAUACAUCUGCAAAUGAUGCCUUAUCAACUGAAGAGAAAUCUAAGGCAACAGGAACUGAAGGAACUACACAAACUUCUACCGAACGUGAUCCUUUAACAAGAAAUAAUCCUCAUACAAGUGGUAACAUAACUAGCAGUGAUGGGCUUAAAGAAGAGACAAAUGCAGUGUCUGAACAGGAGGAGCCACCAAUGAUCAGUGGAAAUAAGGACUGUUCAGAUUCUCCAAGAAUUGGCAGAAUAUCUAGGCCAUCUGGUGAAGAAAGCAUUGAUGAAAAGCAAGAUCCUUCUUAUAAAGGAGAAAGCUGCCAGAUUCAGACAGAACCUCUUGGGAAGGAUGAACAAAUGGAAAGUCAUUUUUAUAAGCACAAGUCGAAAACAAAACAUCAUGAUGUGUCAGAAGAAAAGACCUCAGAAAAACACCUGCAGCAGCAGCCAAAGCCCAAGAACUCUAAGCAUUGGAAAGAUGCCAAAUUUGAAGGAAUUCGAGUUCCACACCUGGUGAAGAAAAGGCAAUACCACAAGCGAGACACUGAGCCUGCAAGUGAGGCCCAGGGACGGAGCAGUGAUGAUUAUGUUUUGGAAAAGCUUUUCAAAAAAUCAGUGGGUGUGCACAGCGUGGUGAAGCACGAUGCCAUCAUAGAUGGGGCCAGUCCAGAUUAUGUCCUGGUGGAGGCAGAAGCCAACCGAGUGGCCCAGGACGCCUUGAAAGCCCUGAGACUCUCACGUCAACGGUGUCUUGGGGCAAUGUCUGGAGUCCCCACCUGGACUGGCCACAGGGGGACUUUAGGUGCACCAGCAGGAAUAAAGAGUAGAUUUGGUCAGAAAAAGAACUCUAAUCUCCCUGUGCAGCGUCCUUCAACAUCUCCGAUGGAAAAAUGCCAGGAUGAUGUCAUGAACAAGGAGGGAAAAGAUCAUGGCCCUAAUCACUUCAGUGGAAAAGCAGAAGAUUCAGAGUCUUCUUCUGGAGCCCUUGCUUCCUCCUCACUCUUGGCCAGAAUGAGAGCAAGAAAUCACCUAAUUCUCCCAGAGCGGUUAGAGAGUGAAAGCGGGCACCUGCCAGAGGCUUCUGCCCCGAUGCUGCUCUCUACAGAACAUGAUGACCUGCUGGUGGAAAUGAGGAACUUCAUUGCUUUUCAGGCCCACAUUGAUGGCCAGGCCAGCACUCAGGAGAUUCUGCAGGAAUUUGAGUCCAAGCUAUCGGUGUCACAGUCUUGUGUCUUUCGAGAACUGUUGAGAAAUCUGUGCACUUUUCAUAGAACUCCUCGAGGUGAAGGAAUUUGGAAACUCAAGCCAGAGUACUGCUGAACAACAUUGUUCCUAAACUUUCAGUCAUAUCUUCCACUGGAAGUGUGUGAUUACUAACUUGUGCUUAAUAAUCAUGUUUGUCGAGGAAAUUUGGCUACCCCUAUGUUUACUUUAAAAUGGUAUCUACCUCAUACCUAAAACUUUAAAGAAGAAACUCUUCUCCAGAAUUGAGAAGUUAAUAAUGCUAUUAAAAGAAAAAUACUUGGAUGGAUUUUUUUUUUUUUUUUCAUUAUGAACUGUGUUCUAAAAUCAGGGACUUAACUGUUGCUUCUUGGAGCACAUUUGUUCCUUUACCCAAAAGAUAGUGUCAUGGAGCAUAUAACUAUUCAUUUGGAAGUUUAUAGAAUAGAACCAGUGACUUGGGAGGCUGAGACUGGAGGAUCUCAAGUUGAAGACCAGCCUCAGCAACUUAGUGAGACCCUGUCUCAAAGUGAAAAAUAAAAAGGGCUGAGGAUGUUGCUCAGUGUAAAUCCCCCCUGGGUUAGAUCUCCAGUACCAAAAAAAAAAAGUUGUUUGAAGUUUGUAGAAUAGAAAUCUCAAUUCUUUUUAUUGGUGCUAGAAACAUAUCUUACAUUCAGUCAACCUGUUCAGUAAAUCAGUUUAUUGAUAUCUGAUAACAGCAGCAUUUUGAUGCAUAACUUUUACAUGUUUAAAUUUAUCAUUUGCCAUACACGAAAAGAUAAUAUUUCAAAUUUUACAUCACAUUAAUCGCCUUUAAACAAUCCUCCUUUAAAAAUAUCAUUAAAUUGGUAGGUUUCUUUUCCUUAUUUUGGAAGCCAGGGAUUGAACCUGGAGCCUCACAGAUGAUGAACAUGCACUUUACCACUCAGCUAUAUCCCUAGCCAGAGGGCAUUUUUAUUAGUAAAGCAUGAAAGCCUGGUAAUAAAUAAUAAGGCAGAUAUUUGUGGAAAGUUUUAGUGUACUCAUUUUACUCCAACUUUAAGAAAAGUACAUUUUUCUCCCCAUUCUGACUAUUGGUUUCAGGAAAGUAAAAUGUAUUAUCAUUUAAAAAAAAAAAAAA